AUGAAGGCAGCUGCUGGAAAGGUGUGGGAUACGGCUCACGGUGCUAGGGGUAAGGCGGAACACGGUGUCGGGGAUGUGGCUGGUCAGAUUCCGGUUGAUUUGUCCGUGUUGGAGGGACGGUCUGUUGGUGAGAGUGGAGAUAUUCUGAGUAAUGAAGGGCUUCCCAUUGGAAAGAUCGUGGAGGGAAACCCUGAAGAUCUUGUCGGCCAGAUUGUUGGUGCCAACGGGGAGAUUCUCGACGAGGAUGGGGAUCUCAUUGGAACGGUUGAACUCAUACCAGACAAUGCUGCCGCUGCCGCUGCCGCGAAGAAAGCUCAAGAUGCGAUGAAGAUGGGAGAACAAGCGCUGAGUUUCAAGGACCUCACAAAUUUGCCUGUUACCAAGGAGGGGAAUAUAAAAGAUCAAAAUGGUCGGGUUCUGGGCCAUGUUGUCGAAGGAGAUCCGAGCGAUCUGAUCGGGCAAACAGUUAAUGAAAAAGGCGAGAUUCUCGGUGAGGAUGGCAAUGUGAUUGGGAGAGUUGGACUUGCUGCUCCAUCUGAAGUUGGUGGAGGGGUCGGAGCUGAGGACGCGAAAGGUGUUGCGGAUAAGGCAGGAGUGGGGGAGAUGAUGCUGGACAUUUCCAUUCUUUCAGGGAAGAGAAUAAACAAACGAGGCAAGAUUAUGGACGAAGAAGGCGAUAUAAUCGGACAGGUGGCUGGAGACUACGACCCGAAAGGGUUCACUGGCAAAUUUCCCAAUCAAAAUGGCCAGGUCCUUGACGACAAGGGCAAUGUCAUCGGGCAGGUCGAGAUUGUUCCUGGCGAGGCUGCCGAUGAAGCAAUCAGCGCCCUUCGAGAGAAGGUCGGUGGAGUUGGACAAGCAUUGCCUGAUACUGCUGUGGUCGAAGGUCUGGUUCCUGGAAAAGCUGAGGAAGCAAUUCCAGAAGAGGAAGUCCCUGGGGAGGAAAUCCCAGAGGAAGCAGCCGAGAAGUUGCCAGAGGGCGAGGUCCCAGAAGAGGAGGUUCCGGAGGGACCAGAUAUGGAGGAGGAAGUCCCAAAAGAGCCACGACUGGAACCGAAAGAAGCCGGACUUGGGGACGAGAUAUCACAAGAGCAACUCCAGGAAGAAGCUAUUCCAGACGAGGGCGCUCCAGGAGAGAUCGAAGGUGCCGCGGAGGCUGCAGCAGACAAGAUUCCGCCCGUUUCCACACUGGAAGGCUUAACAUGUAAUAAGAUGGGCAAAAUCGUCAACAAAGAUGGCAUCCCCGUGGGAGAGCUUAUCGAAGGCGAUGCCAAGAAGCUAUCCCAAGCAGGUUUCCAGCUCGAUGACCAGGGCCAGUUCUGGGAUAACAAAGGAAACGUCAUUGGCAAAGUGCAACCGACUGUACCAGAAGAGCAAGAGAUCGAGGGACCAUUUGCUGAGUACGAGGACCUCUUCGUGUUACCGGAUGGCUGGGUUCAGGACAAAAAUGGCCAACGAGUGGGUCAGAUUGUCGAAGGCGAUGCGAAGAAGUUGGUUGGUCGAGCUGUUGACGACGAUGGGGAUAUUUUGGAUCGAAAAGGAAAUGUCAUCGGGCAUGCAGAGCCAUGGGAGGAACCAGAGUCAGAGGUGGAAGAAGUCGACUUUUCUUUGCUUGCUGGGCUGAAGGUCAACAAGUUGGGAAAUAUCGUCGGGCCAGAUGGAGUGCCCCUUGCCCGGGUUACUGAAGGGGAUCUGAAAGCAGUCAUUGGUCGAUCAAUCGACGCCGAGGGACAGAUCUGGAAUGAUAAAGGGGAAGUUAUUGGUCGUGUGGAGCUGAUUCCAGAAGACGAGCGAGAGACGCUGGGUCCUUUCAGUGGCCUGGGGGAAUUGAAGGUGAACAAGGAUGGUCUUGUUGAAGACAGCAAUGGUCAUAUUGUGGGCAGGCUCGUCGAGGGAGAUGCCCAGAAACUACAAGGACAGAUGGUGGAUGAAUCAGGAGAGAUUUUGGACAAGUAUGGAGCCGUUAAGGGCCGUGCUGAACCAUACGAGCCCGAAGAGGAGGUAAUUGAGGAGGAAGAUCUGUCUGCGUUGGAUGGAAAGACGGUGAAUAAGAUGGGCAAUGUGGUUGAUGAACAUGGCACUCUCUUUGGGCGGAUUGUGUCCGGAAAUCCCAAGAAAAUGGCAGGCAGAAAAGUGGACGGCUUCGGACGGAUCUGGAGUGACGAUGGCCAGGUCAUCGGCCAGGCUGAAUUGAUCCCUGCUGACGAACGAGAACGGCCAGAGGGACCAUUCUUUGGACUUGAAGGUCUUGUCUUGGCCAAGGAUGGAAUGGUCGUCGAUCCUAAUGGUCAGGUUGUUGGAAGACUCAUCGAGGGAGAUGAAAAACGUCUUGUUGGGCGACUUGUCGAUGAGGACGGUGAGAUCACUGAUAAACUCGGCAAUGUCAUUGGUCGUGCAGAGCCCUACACUCCAGAAGAAAAGCAGCGGGACAUCAACCCCAUGGCUGGAUACAAGGUCAAUCGCGACGGGGAGGUCCGCGAUGCAGAUGGGAACAUGAUUGGCAAGCUCACCAGCGGUGAUCUGCAAACGGCGAUUGGAAAGACGAUUGAUGAUAAUGGCUAUGUUGUGGACAAUGAUGGCAACAAGAUCGGCGAAUGCACUCUUCUGGAAAACAUUCCGGAAGAACCUGAGCCUGAGUUAUCCCCUGAGGAAUUGGAGAAGCUGGAGAAAGAAAAGCAAACGAGAGAGCUGGCAGCGAAGAUGUGCUCGAUCGUGCAACAAGCGCUGGAUUCCAUUGAACCGCUUUGCAAGCAGAUUACAGAGCAUCUCGAUGCUGCAGAUCGCAAGCCCAAAGAAGAACUGGACGAGGAACAGCUAGUCCAAGUGGUCAAACCGUUGAUAGAAGAAGCCGGACAGAUGCUCCAAGAAUGCAAAGGCGCUCUCCGUGCCCUUGAUCCAGAUGGUCAGGUAGCAGCCCUAGCGAAGGCCCGCAGUGCCUCCCAGGAAGCUACGCCCGAGGAGUAUCGAUUGGCCGAGCUGUUGAAGGAACUCACACAGAACAUCGUCACUACCAUUGAGAAUGGCCGCAAACGCCUUGCAGGUAUGCCGCACGCCAAGAAGAAGAUUAAUCCGUUAUGGGCACUGCUAUCCGAGCCCUUGUUCCAGAUCAUUGCUGCAGUGGGACUGCUACUGAGUGGUGUUUUGGGGAUCGUUAGUCGUCUUCUGGACGGACUUGGGCUGGGUGGAUUGGUGCGUGGCCUGUUGGGUAAUUUGGGACUUGAUAAGCUGCUCGAGGGACUGGGAUUGGGAACAGUCACUGACGCUUUGGGGAUGGGGAAAAAGUAG